AUGGACUCCAAAACCGGAUGUCAAAUAAAACGGCUUCUUUUUUCAACACUUUCAAUGAUAACGCCAUGUCAUCCCCCGGAGAAGAAAAACCCACAACGAAUAUCAAACUCAUCGGAAUUUUCACCCAAAUCCAUAGCGAAAUUAUUACAAAAACCUUCCAUUAUGAAAUUAACCGGAAAUCAAUAUACAGGAAUAUUUAAUUCUGAUAAAAUAUCACCUUCGACGAUACCUGAAAAUGAAAUCCCAUUGCCCUCGUGUUCGAAUUCGCGAAAAAACAUUAAUUAA